AUGCCGCCCAAGGCAAACCCAUGGUCCCUGGUGGAACUGAAAUCCGGUGUCACAUUCAACGGUCAUCUUGUCGACUGUGAUUCAUUCAUGAAUGUUACGUUGCGAGAGGUGUAUCAAACGUCGGCGGAUGGAGAUAGGUUUUGGAAGAUGAAGGAGAUGUUCAUCAAGGGGAAUGUUAUCAAGUACUUUCGCAUAGCAGACAACAUCCUGGAACAAGCUGCCGAAGAUCAAGACAAGGCACGAGCAGCGAGCCGUCAGCGUGGCGGCGGUAGAGGCGGACGAGGUGGACCUGGAGGUCGAGGUGGACGUGGAGGACCACCAGGCAGAGGCGGUGGAGCUCCUGGGCGAGGUGGUGGACCUGGUGGACGAGGAGGGUUUGCGCCGAGGGGCAGGGGAGCGCCCAGGGGUGGUGCGCCGCGACCAUGA